CACGCAUUCACCAUGAAGCGCCUCAUGCUCUCGACGAUUCUUCCCCUGUUGCUGUCCCUUACACCCUCCCAGUGCUUCCAGCUUCGCCCCUUGCCCCCCUCCCCCUCCCUCUCCCAGAUCAGCCCAUCGCACUCAUCAGCCCUAAGGCGUCAUGCGCCACCUACCGGCCCUCUCACCCUUGCGCACGCCGCCGUCACAGCAGAUCUGGCGGAGAAGGUGUCAGCGGAGCUCGGCCGGCCUGAGGGCAUGUCUGAGGAGGAGUUCCAUCGGAUGCUGGAGAGCGAGUCGAAUGACAUCGAGUACGGCGUGGCUGUCAUGGUGGGCGGCAUGACGCGCGAGCAGUUCGCGACCUUCAAGGACCUCAUCCUGACUUUCUGGGAGGAUGAGUCGCUCAAGGGUGCAGCUGGUGGUGCGGGAGAUGACAUGGGCGAGUGGGUGCUGGUCCACGACCUGCCUGUCGCGCGGAUCACCAAGCGGAUGCUCGUCAUGCCGCUGGAGGAGUGCAUCUACGACGCCAUGGGGGUCGACGUCCGCGACGACUCGAGCGAGGAGGACGUCGAGGUGCCGCCGGUGAUCAUCCUCUCCGGGCUGUGGAACUUCCAGAUCCUCAAGGUCGUGCAGAUGUACAACGCCCUGGCGGAGCAGGGCAAGCUGCCCGUCGACCCGGCGUGGGCCAAGGUGGUGCCCAACGCCAUUCGCAAGCGGAUGUCGCAGCUGCUGGGCGAGAUCCAGGGUGACCACGUCAAGGCUGGGAUGGGGGAGCCCUUCACGAGCGGGGACCUGAGCAGCGAGCCGAUCGACGAGACGGUGGAAAAGGGCGAGGCCAAGUGGUGGCACUUUCUGCUGGAGAAGAUGCUCACCAACAAUAAGAUGUCCGACGAGUGGCAGGGGGAGAAGGUCGACGUCUCGUGGGCGAACGAGCCAGACGUAAGCCAGCCAGCCAAUCCCCACUCUCCCUCCCUCAUGUGUGUGGCAUCUGUGUGUGUGUGUGUGUGCGAUGGGUCCUCGCAGCAAGAAGAGGGCGAGGAGAUUGACUACAACGCCGAGUUCCGACAGGCCUUCUGGCUGAGGCAGUACCUCGAGAAGGGCCAGGAUGAGUACGACAAGAUAAGACAGCCGGCCAAGCCCAAGGAGCUCAUACUGAGGGAAAUGGCCGCCAAGGAAGCUGAGGGCACCGCGUCAGCGCCGUCAUCAUCAUGACCCAGCGCAUCGCAUCCACGUGAACGUCCAGUCGAUUUUUUGAGUUUGUGUGAGUGAGAGUGUCUUUCAG